AUGGGCGAAGCGUAUGCUAUUGACAAAACCCUCCACCAUGUCCCUUUUCGAGACCUUCGGUCUAUGAAUAAAAUACCGAAUUUGAAGACUUGGGGAUUUACUUAUGUUACCGGAAGGCGCGUUAAAGGGAUCGAAAACUUGGAAGAAUUAUCUGACAAGAAUCAAGCUGCUUUACAAGCUGAUUCUGUUGAACUUGUGAAAGAGUUGACAGGUGCGAAAACCGUAUACGCCUUGGGAGGUGGCUAUCGAGAUCACUCUUCAUUAGCAUCAGUCAAAUCAGUUCAAAAUAUCCACUCUGACAUGUCACCAGAGGGUGCCGAAUGGUUUAAACUCAGAGCACAAAAUCAACUAUUGCGUUCAAUGGAUCCAAGCGAAGUGGCAUUUGGAAAGCAUCUCUCGCAAGGUAAAGAUGUCGUGAUUUACAAUGUUUGGAGGCCUCUUCAUACGGUUCAAGACAACCAUCUUGGUUUUUGCAAAUGGGAUUCAGGUUUGAAAGAAGAUGCCCUGACAUCGAACCCCCAGGUAACAAAUUCUAAAAAUGCACUUCAGCCAUGGAGGUAUAGCGAGGCUCAAAGAUGGUAUUAUUUAAGUGAACAGAAAAAGGAGGAUGUUUUUGUCUUCAUGCAACACGACGCUAGGGCAUCCGAUGGUCACGGGAUCAAUGUUCCGCAUACUGCCUUUAAUUUUGAAGGUUUCCAAGGACCGGAUACACGAAAGAGCUAUGAGAUCAGAGUCAUUGCAAUUAUUGAACCAUCCUUCAAAAGAAAGCUUUUACACCUACGGGAACGUAUCAAAUCAGUUUUUAACAAAUUCAAGUGGAAUUCAUCAAGAAAUCUCGAAAGAAAAAUCUCAGCUAAAAUAUAG